AUGCAGCCAAUGCAGCCAAUGCAGCCAAUGCAGCCAAUGCAGCCAAUGCAGCCAAUGCACAACCAUCAACAGCUACCGCAGCAACUACCGCAACAGACGCAACAGAUUCCCCAGCAAUUGCAGCAACUGCCUAUGCAGCAACUGCCUCAGCAACAACAAUUUCAACCAAAGGCAGUGGGCACUACACCAUUGCCUGCACCUGAUGCCUUCCAUCAAGAACGUGUACCCGCACCGGAACUCGUGCAAGCGCCUGAGCCUGUGAAAUCUGCCGCCUUGCCACGUGAAGCGCCACCUCUGGAGGUUUCCCCGGAGCCGCGCCAGGAGCGCCAGGAGCGCCCGGAAGAAGCCCCUGAGCGCAAGGAGAAGGAGAAAUACGUGCCGCCGGUGAAGCGAUAUUCUCAAGGUGAUCGCGAGCGCCUCGAGCGCCCCGAGCGCACGGAGAAGGCAGAGAAGCGCGAAGAGAAAGUGGAGAAGGUGGAGAAGGCCGAGAAACAGGAGAAGCGCUUCGAGGCGGCUGCGAUUGAAAGGCGACGGCACAGUUCGGACAGCUGGGAGGAAUCUACGCCUGUUCGGGCAGCUCCCACCACUCCUCCAGGUUCUGCCGCGGUCAAGAUGGACGACAAGGAGAAUCCAAAAGUCCGCACAGACUUGAUCCGUGCGGUCUUUCGAGCCUGCGACACCAACGGUGAUGACUGGCUUGGAGAGACCGAAUUUCGCACCAUUGCCAGAUUCUAUGGCUUCAGUGGCAGCGAUGAAAAGUGGUCGGAGGAGUUCAAGAAGCUGUGCGAGGAGAAGCAUGUGGAUCCCAAAAAGGGCAUAGGCCAGACCCUCUUCAGCAAGCUGCUGAAUGAGGAUGCGGGGCUGCUGGCGACCACUGAUGAUCUCAGAAAGAUGUUGAAGAAGCUGGAAGACAUCAACAAGAAGACUGGCGCGUCCAAGGAGGCGGCCAAGGCUCAAGGAGCUGUAGAGGAGGGCGAUGAGUUUUUCCACAAGCUCAAGAGGACGGUGAAUUGGUACAACAAGCACGGGAACCUCACAGACCCAAUUCGAUUGAGUCAGGUACAGGACAUCCUAUGUGAGAUCAAGCCGAACCAGGCCAUGAAGAUCCUGUACGACUUGGACACCGCAAAGGACAAGGAGAGCUUGCAGGACCCCACCAAUUGGAUCAUCGCAGAGGCCAAAAAGCGGCGCCAGGCCAACGAGCAACCCAAGGGCAAGGGUGACGGAAAGGGCGAGGACAAGGACAUCAAGACCAACCACAAGAACGAUGGCAAAACUGAGAAGCCUGAUGCGGUGCCGGAAUGGCGCAGCCAGGAUGCAACCAAUGACAAGAAUGCAAAGGGAGCAGCAACCAAAGGUGCGAGCAAGGGAAAGACUGAGGAGGCUGAGGAAGAAACAGACCAGUUUCGUGCGAAGAUGAAGCGGACCAUCAACUGGUACAAUCGCCAUGGCCACCUGUGUGCGCCAAUUCGCUUCCAGGAAGUCAUUACAACUCUUGGCAGCACCGACCCUCGUGUCGCCAUGAGGAUCCUCAACGACUUGGAUCAAGCAAAUGCCGAAGCCGUGCUGAGCGACCCCACCAAGUGGAUCAUUGAGGAGUGUCGUCGGCGUGCCCCUGGAGUAGGGGUGCUCAAAUCCACAAUGUUUUUGAGUGCAUAG